CGAUCUGUCUUGAGUCGAGAGUCUGGAGUCACGUCGAUCGCAUGCCAAAACACACAGCCGCAAAGAGUCAACCGGAGAUAGCCAUGGCCAAGAACACCCUCAUCGUUGCAGCUCUCGCACUGCUGGCCCUCUGCAGUGUCAUUCGGGCGGCGCCCUAUCAGGAACUGGAGCCCCGCAAAGGUCAUGUGCCCGUCUACAUACGCCACGGGAAUGAGCCCCUCAGCGAAAUCCAUCCCGGUCUGGCAGAGGCCUUCAACGAGGGUCAGUCCAAGGCACUCGAGUCAGAAAGCCUGGUCACCGAGAUCGCCGAAGUGGCAGCUACAAGUCCACCAAGUGGAGACGCCCCAGCCACAACGAUUGCGACAUCCACUGAGAAGAGCUCAACAGAGUCGGAUAUUGCCAGCUUUGAGACCAUCAAAGCCCAGGCAAAGGAGUAAUGCAAUUGAAUAAAUACAAAAUUGUUGCUUAAAUUAUUUAGUUUGCAAAUUUAUCCCCAUCAAAUAAAACCCCCCCAUAGACAAGGCGAAGUUCUGGGUCUAGGGCCGAAAGUAGUGACAAACAAAAAUUAAACAAAUAUUGUGAAUAAAAAGUGUGGCAAAAGUGGAAAUGGAAAUAUAUUCAAUGUAAUUAAAGAUCUUCCCAUCUUCGAUGGCACAGCAA